UGAAGAAGGGGCAUAACUCAAAAGGAAGGUCAAUUGUCACUGUCCAUAUUUUCUCCAAUUGGAGCGCAAUUUUUUAAUUGUGAAGGUCAGAAAGGGCAGAUUGGAGGUCAGGAAGGGUCAAGUUUAGUGUAGUAUGAGUAGAUUAGACUGGUUCUGGAGACGACUGAUAGUGACAAAACUCUAUACACAAGGAUGGGGAAAACCAGAGGAUAUGAAAAGGAUAUUCCACUUACGGAAGAAGUUAGGUAACAGAGAAGUUUGUCGGCAUCUUGUAGCUCCAGAUUAUCCUGUAUAUAUAGAUAAGGAAGUGAUAGAUGGAGACUGUCGUCUGCUGGAUGGACAUUUUAUGUCUCCACUUAAGGAGAUUCUUCCUGGAAUUAUGCCAGAAGAAACAGAAAUUGCCAGGUUUCAGAUGGUACUGCCUACAGAAUGGAAGAGCAGCCUGAGACCAAUUUGUGUACAGAUGGGAGGAACCGGUGAUCAUGGUUUUGGUAGGAGAAGACAGUUAAUGGCUAAACCGUUACUACAAGAAGAAGGCAUAGCAUCACUUAUUCUAGAAAACCCAUUCUAUGGCAGCAGAAAACCAAAACAUCAAUUUCGUUCUAGUCUGCACCAAGUUGUUGAUCUGUUUAUAAUGGGAGGAUGUUUGAUCCUAGAGUCUCUUGCAUUGUUCAAUUGGCUAGAUAGACAAGGAUAUGGACCUCUUGGUACCUCAGGGAUCUCCAUGGGCGGACAUAUGGCCUCCUUGGGAGCGACAAACUGGUACAAGCCUAUAUCUCUAAUACCCUGUAUGUCUGGCAGUACGGCUGCAGGAGUGUUUACACAUGGAGUACUAAGCACUGCCAUACCAUGGAAUCUGUUAAUGGAGCAGUAUGGAGCAGAUGAUUCCUAUGAGAGGGAGGUCAAGGAGCUUAUAGAAUCACCAGAACCUUAUUGGAACACACAUUCUAUGUACAGAGAAGGGAGGAAAUAUUAUCACGAGCUUGAAGAUAGUUAUAACAGUGACUCUGAUAGUAACAGUCAUCUCCAUAUACAAUCAGGGAACCAAACUGUACACAAUAAUUCAGGGAUACAGUCUACCACUAGUGAUUCUAUAGAAACACAGUCUACAUUUAGUAACUUAUCUGGUAAUGAAUCAAAAAGUAUUGGAAUAAACAGUAACCAGUCUUUACAUCAUGAAUCUUUGGAAAACCAGUCUAGUGAUUUUAAAGAUUUUUGUAACCAGUCUGUCUGUGAUACUGAAGGAAAGACUGUAGUAACAAGUGAUACACCAACAGGCUUGUUGGGUAGCCUAACAAACAGUUUUCCAGGCCUCCCAUUGUGGUCUAAAUCAGACUCGGAAGAUGAUAAGGUGAAACAGCAGUUGAAACUGGACUGUAAACAUUUCAUGAAAGGUGUAAUGGAUGAAUGUACACACCUGGGAAAUUUUUCAGUCCCAGUCGAUCCUGAAUUAAUCAUUAUUGUGUCUGCUGAGAAUGAUGAGUAUAUACCUGUCAAAGGGUACCUGAAAUUAAAUGAAAUAUGGCCAGGAAGCCAGGUCAGAACAUUACCUCGUGGACAUAUCUCAGGUUUUUUCUUUGAAAGGAAAGAAUUCAGGAGAGCAAUAGCUGAUUCAUUUGAAUUGCAUGCAGCCAAAUAUUACAACACUGAGCUUAGACGUACCACUUAAUGUCAACUGAAAUCUGAAAUAUUUAUUAAGAAAUGUCUCUUUGCUGAGAGGUUAAUAUAACAAUGUUUGGAAAGGUUGUCAGUCACUGAGGUUAGUUACAUCAACAGAAGGCAAUUACAUCCACAGAGGUCUAUUACAUCCACAGAGAUCAAUUACAUCCACAGAGGCCUAUUACAUCGACAGAAGGCUAUUACAUCCACAGAGGUCUAUUACAUCGACAGAAGGCUAUUACAUCCACAGAGGCCUAUUACAUCGACAGAAGGCUAUUACAUCCACAGAGGUCUAUUACAUCGACAGAAGGCUAUUACAUCCACAGAGAUCUAUAACAUCUACAGAGGUCUAUUACAUCCACAGAAGGCUAUUACAUCCAUAGAGGCCUAUUAGUAAUAAAUUUUAGAUUGGUGAAAAAUAAUGGUAUUGCCUUACAUUUAAAGAGAAAUCAAGGAAAAAACUUAGUUCACCUUUUCAGUUCAUUUGAGAAAAAACGUUCCUCUAACAAUUUCUUAUUGAGCAAUCGGUAUUUUGCCAUUCCUUAUAUAUUGAUGCUCAGGUAGUAUUCUUUUGAGAAUAUUUAUUUUUAGCUCACCUGAGCCAAAGGCUCAUGGUGAGCUUUUGUGACCGCUCAAUGUCCGUCGUCUGACGUGUGUAGUGCAACGUCAACAUUUUCUAAAAAAUCUUCUUGAAAACCACUGGGCAGAAUUACACCAAACUUCACAGGAAUGAUCCUUGGGUGAUCCCCUUUCAAAAUUUUUCAAAGAAUUUAAUUUCAUGCUGAACACUGGUUGCCAUGACAGGGGUCACAAGUUUUACAUAGACUGAUACAGUAAAUUUUUAAAAAAAUCUUCUUGUCUAAAACCACAAGACCUAGGCCUUUGAUAUUUUGUAUGUAGCAUUGCCUUGUGGUCCUCUACCAAAAUUGUUCAAAUUGUGCCCCUGGGGUGAAAAGAGGCCUGCCCUGGGGGUCACAAGUUUUACAUAGACUGAUAUCGUAAUAAA